AUGGUGUUCUCCUUCUGUUUCCUUUUACUUACCACUUAUUACAUUGCGGCAGCGGAUGAGUCCAGCGAAUCAGCGGCAGAUAAUUUGCUCCCUCAGCACUUCUACUGGAACCACAUUGAUCCGCACUCUAUUGAGCUGAAGUGGGACGUUGACAAAUUGGAUGAGUCGUACGCAGACCUCAUCGAAGUAUCUGCUGUUGCAACAACCGCCCCGUUUAGGGUAAAAAGUGUUCCUUUCUCCCUUGGUACACUUACUCUCGAAGACCUGCAGCCCGACACUACAUAUCAUGCAACUGUUAAGGCGCUGAGCAUCGCAGGCACCGUUUUCACGUCAAACGAGGUGUUCAGAACACCACCCAUCGGUAAGUCAUUGGUCAUAUUUUCCGAUUUCGCCUCUCUCUGUUCAGCAAUAUCACAACUUUUCGCAGCGAUGGCAAAAAUGGAGGACGGAUUUGUAACUAAACUUCCUCAGCACUACCGAUGGAUUCGUGUGGACUGGAGAUCCAUUGAUUUGGGAUGGGACGUCGACGCUUUGAGUGGACUCAGAGCAGACGAAAUGAAGCUAACCGCGUACUACUACACUAACUCUAUCAACUACGUGUAUCAAUCUGUCCCCUUCCUUUAUGACAACCUCACUCCUGAUAGGGUGAAGUCCAGCACCCUCAACGAAAUGCAUCGUACAACCCAUUCACAAUCAUACCGCAACUCUUAA